AUGGACUUCGCCGGUCCAUUUCACGGCACAAUGCUGCUGGUGAUUGUGGACGCCAUGUCGAAGUGGCCGGAGGUGGUCCAGAUGAAACACGCCACGUCCGACGGCGUUCUGGAGGCCCUCCUGAACCUGUUCAGCCGUUACGGAGCCUGCACCGAAAUCGUCACCGAUAACGGUACGCAGUUCACCUCGCAAGAGUUUGCCGAUUUCUGCACGGUUCACGGCAUCCGACAUCUUCGGACUCCACCUGGCCACCCACAGUCGAACGGCCAGGCGGAGCGCUACGUUCAAACUUUUAAGGACGGAAUCAGCAAGCUGAUUGCCGACCGGAAGCCAUUGCCCACAGCUCUGCGGGAAUUCCUGUUCCGGUACCGCAACGCGCCACAGGCCACAACUGGCAAGUCGCCAGCGGAACUGUUUCUGAGCCGCAAACUGCGUGGUCAGCUGGACUUGCUGGUGCCGGUGCUGAUGACAACAAUAGAGCGUAACCGGAAGCGUUACCAGCAAAAUUUCGACCAACGGACACAGGAGAAGCAUUUCCAAGUUGGCGAUUACGUAAUGGUACGUGAUUACCGUCCGAAUCGCGCAGUUGACUGGCAGCGUGGACAGCUGGUCAGACGUGAAGGUACCCGCAUCUGGGUUGUCCUGGUCAACGGAAUUGACCUGCGAAGGCACGAAAAUCAGAUGCGACCGAGGCAUUGGCUGCACCCAGACGAGCGUGCACUACCGAAUCCGCCAGCUGCACUUGUCGCACCUGCCGCACCGAAGACACCGGAUGUACCGAAAGUACUAGUCGCAUCGCCAGUGCAGACGGCUGCACUGCCUAACGAUGCCUUUCCGGAAGCGGUCACAAAGCAGGAUGCUGGUGGACAGAUCGCUACUGGUAAAGCACCUGAACUUACAUUACCGAAUGUUGAUAGCGCCAAACCAGUGAAGCCAGCGAAUGUGAAGAAUGCUAAGAAAACGCCACGCGUUCCUGAAGCGAUAACUGAUACCAGUUCUCAACUGAAGCCACCGGAACCAGAAGUGCGACGAAGCGGAAGAGACAGAAAAGAACCGGAUCGACUAAUCGCGGAUCCGAAAUUCGGGCGCUAG